CGCCGUUAAUCCAAGCUUCCACUUCUUAACACUAACCACGAAUCGUUUCAAUUAAUUUCUCUCAAAAUUUGAAAACUACCACCACCAUGAUCAAAAGAUCAAUGUUAUACGUUACUAUCGCGCCAUGAUCAAUCCGUAACUGCUUGAUCAGAUCAAAACUCGAGAAUUAUCUUCAUUCUCCAGCAAUGUCUUGGGGAUUAGGCUGGAAACGACAGUCGGAGAUCUUCCGUUUAACGCUUAACUAUGGCACCGAGGAAUCGGAGGAUGAUCUUAACCAUAUGUCAGCGUCGUCGUCAUCGAGUUCAUUAUCUUCAUCUUCUCCUUCGUCACCUUUGUCUCCACCUCGAGAUCAAGACCUCGGGUUUCGGAUUGAUUUGGAUUGGACGGCUGCGGAUGACGAUGAGCAGGUCGCUUUGAGGUUGCAGUCGCAGUUGAUGGUGGCUCUGCCUUUGCCACAAGAUUGUGUGACAGUGGAUUUGAAGAGUAGAGACGACGAGGAGGGGGAGGAAGGGAAUGUUGGGGUGGAGAUGAAGGUGGUCAAAAGGAGGGAGCCAUUGCGAGGGAUGACGUUGAGCAAGGCUGGGUCCGGACAGCAGAGCGAUGGGCUUGGGGUUUUAACAAGGUUAUUGAGGUCCAACUUGUCUACCGCUGGUGGUGGAGUAGGGGAUUAUUCCGCGUUGGGUUAUGGCGAGCAUUGGCGGAACGUCACCUUGCUUAGCCUCUGUGGUUGUGGUUUGUCGGUAUUACCAGCUGAGUUAACCGGAUUGCAAUCCCUUGAGAAGCUUUAUCUUGACAACAAUAGGCUUUCAGCUUUGCCACCAGAGAUUGGUGAACUGAAAAUUUUGAAAGUUCUCUGUGUUGAUUACAACGCAUUGGUUUCACUUCCUGUUGAACUGAGGCAAUGUGUGGGACUGGUGGAAUUGUCUCUGGAACACAACAAGCUUGUUCGACCUCUUCUCGAUUUCAGGGCUAUGGCUGAGUUACAAAUUCUUAGACUAUUUGGUAAUCCUCUGGAAUUCCUUCCUGAAAUUCUUCCGUUGCACAAACUUCUCCACUUGUCUCUUGCUAAUGUCAGGAUUUCAGCCGAUGAGAAUUUAAGAGCAGUGAACGUAGAGAUAGAGAUGGAGAAUAGUUCUUAUUUUGGUGCAUCUAGACACAAGCUGAGUGCCUUCUUCUCUCUUUUAUUUCGUUUUUCUUCUUGUCACCACCCUUUGCUGGCAUCUGCACUGGCAAAGAUAAUGCAAGAUCAAGGAAACCGUGUCGUAGUUGGUAAAGAUGAGAACGCAGUGCGGAAACUUAUUAGCAUGAUAAGUAGCAAUAACCAGCAUGUGGUCAAACAAGCAUGCUCUGCUCUAUUAACUUUUGCUGGAGAUGUUCCUGUCGCAAUACAGUUGAUCAAAUGUGACAUAAUGCAACCCAUUCAAACAGUGUUGAAAUCGGUUGCACAUGAAGAAGUAAUUUCUGUGUUACAAGUUGUGGCAACAUUGGCCUUUACGUCUGAUACAGUAGCUCAGAAGAUUUUGACCAAGGACUUGUUGAACUCAUUAAUAUUGUUAUGUGCCCAUAAAAAUCCAGAGGUGCAAAGGUUAGCUUUAUUUGCAGUUGGAAAUUUGGCCUUCUGUUUGGAGAAUCGCUGCAUCUUGGUCACCUCUGAAAGUCUACAGGACCUCCUGUUGAGGUUGACAGUUAUAUCUGAACCGCGUGUAACUAAAGCUGCUGCCCGUGCGUUGGCAAUUCUUGGGGAAAAUGAAACUCUGCGGCAUGCCAUAAGAGGAAGAGAAGUUGCAAAGCAGGGUCUCCGCAUACUCUCAAUGGAUGGAGGUGGAAUGAAAGGUCUGGCAACUGUGCAAAUCCUUAAAGCAAUUGAGAAGGGAACCGGAAAACGUAUACAUGAAUUGUUUGACCUUAUAUGUGGGACAUCAACGGGUGGGAUGCUGGCUGUUGCUCUUGGUAUAAAGCUUAUGACCUUGCGUGAAUGUGAAGAAAUAUAUAAAAAUCUUGGAAAACUUGUCUUUGCUGAACCUACAAAGGACAACGAAGCUGCAAGUUGGAGAGAGAAGUUCGAUCAUCUUUAUAAAAGCUCAUCGCAAAGUUUUAGAGUUGUGGUACAUGGAUCUAAACACAGUGCAGAUGAGUUCGAGAGGUUGCUAAAGGAAAUGUGUGCAGACGAGGACGGAGACUUAUUAAUAGAAUCGGCAGUAAAAAACAUACCCAAAGUUUUUGUGGUAUCAACUUUGGUUAGCGUGAUGCCAGCUCAACCAUUCAUAUUUCGCAAUUAUCAGUAUCCUGCUGGAACACCUGAAGUGCCUUAUGCAAUUUCAGAAACUUCAGGGGUCACAGUGUUAGGAUCACCGACACCUGGAGCUCAAAUUGGCUAUAACUGCAGUGCUUUUAUUGGGAGCUGCAAACAUCAUGUUUGGAAAGCUAUCAGAGCAUCAUCUGCCGCUCCAUAUUAUCUUGAUGAUUUUUCAGAUGAUAUAAACCGCUGGCAAGAUGGUGCUAUAGUAGCAAAUAAUCCUACCAUCUUUGCCAUAAGGGAAGCACAACUUCUGUGGCCUGACACAAAAAUUGACUGCUUGGUUUCAAUUGGCUGUGGUUCUGUGCCAACUAAGGUGAGGAAAGGUGGUUGGCGUUACCUAGAUACUGGGCAAGUGUUGAUUGAGAGCUCAUGUUCUGUGGACCGAGUAGAAGAAGCUUUGAGCACACUGAUACCCUUGCUUCCCGAAAUAAAAUACUUUCGUUUUAAUCCAGUUGAUGAACGUUGUGACAUGGAAUUGGAUGAGACUGAUCCAACGCUCUGGCUGAAGUUGGAAGCUGCAGUUGACGAAUAUAUCCAGGCUAAUUCAGAAGCCUUUAGAGAUGUUUGUGAGAGACUACUUUUGCAGCAUGACGAUAAGUUAUCUGAGAAUUUGAAAGAUCAGCAAUUCCAAAAGGCAAAGGUAUUAUAUAUAGGUGAGCAUAGUCCCUUUUUGGGUUGGAGGCGUAAUGUGCUUCUUGUUGAGUCUUUGCAUAGUCUGGAUUCAGGAAGGGUUAUGCACCAUGCUCGAGCAGUUGAAUCUUUUUGUGGCCGUAAUGGAAUUAGAUUAUUUCUUAUGCCUGGGACAUCAGGAACUGCAAAGACAGUGCCAGCCACAAUAUCCCCAUCACCAUUUACUUCACCUCUGAUUACGGGAAGCUUUUUCUCUAGUCCAUUUCUAUACGGUCCUGAUGUUGUCCCCAAACAGACUAGCCAAAUCAACAUGGUUCUUCCCUUAAGCUCGGAUGGAAUUCAAUCUGGAAAGAAUCCUAUGUCACUCCCAAUGUCUCCUUCAGGGCGCAGACAGUUAUCUUUACCUGUUCAGUCGUUGCAUAAAAAGUUACAGAAUACUCCACAACUGGGAAUUGUACAUUUGGCCCUUCAAAAUGAUUCAUUUGGCUCAAUAUUAAGUUGGCAGAAUGAUGUAUUUGUUGUUGCUGAGCCAGGAGAUCUUGCAAAUAAGUUUCUCCAAAGUGUCAAAUUUAGCUUGUUAUCUAUGAUGCAUGGCAGCCGAAAGAAGGUCUUAUCCUUUCUUGCCAAUAUUUCAACCGUUGCCGAUCUUGUUCAGUGUAAACCAUACUUCCAAGUUGGAAAUGUUGUUCAUCGUUAUAUUGGACGACAGACACAGGUUAUGGAGGAUGACCAAGAAAUUGGGGCUUAUAUGUUCCGUAGAACCGUUCCUGCUAUGCACUUAACACCCGAUGACGUUCGCUGGAUGAUUGGAGAUUGGAGGGACAGGAUCAUAAUAUGCACAGGGACAUAUGGACCUACUCCGACUUUAAUCAAGGCCUUUCUAGAUUGCGGUGCAAAAGUGGUUAUAUGUCCAUCUGCAGAUCCCCCAGAAAUUCCAGUGACAUCAGCGGAUGGAUCAGGGGAGUUCCAUGUUCUGGAGAAUGGGAAGUUUGAGAUCGGAGAGGAUGACACAGAGGAUGAAGAGGCAGAGCCUGUCAGUCCUCUAACAAGUGAUUGGGAAGACAGCGAACCCGAGAAGAAUUUGAAGCAUUCUAUGUAUUUUUGGGAUGAUGAUGAAGAGGAAUUAUCACAGUUUGUAUGUCAGUUGUAUGAUAACUUGUUUCGAGAAGGGGCGAGAAUAGAUAUUGCUCUACAAAAUGCUCUUGCUUCACAUCGAAGGAUGAGAUAUUCUUUGCAUCUUCCCAAGCAUAACUAGUUAAACAUUUAUUCAUACAAGAAAAUGAAAAUCAAGGACAAUUUCAGAAUGAUUAGAAGGCAAAAAGGGAAAGUUGAAUAAGAUGUGGAUGAGUUUAUGAAUAAUUAACAAUGAGAACGAGAGAUUAUUUCCAAUUUUGAUGCUGAUGUAAAGCAUGCUUCAUAAUGCAAAUAUUGUUUUUGAUGUUGCAGAUUUGCUAUUUAUUUUCCCUGAACUUGCAUUUUCUCAUUGUAUAUAUAUGUAUAUUGCUUGAAGUUAGGCAUUCUCGG